AUGUCGAGGCGCCAUAUCGAGGCGCAUUCCCCCCCGCACGCCGAAGCUGAGCGCGCUUCGUCGCAGGCCCACCCUGCUGCGGCCAUAGACUCUGGCAUCGAUGUAGGCUCGUCGUCCGAGUUUGACCAGGACAACAGCGCCGGCCAUGCGCUCGUCGCCCACGAUGACACGAGCGAGGCAUCGACGGAUGAAGGCUAUGCCGACUCUGACGCCUCGUCGUUCCUCUCAUCCAUUCUCUCCGAAGUGCGCCGUGGAGUGGAAAUCGAAGGCCGCCUGUACCCCAGUUACGGCAAGCAUGCCUAUGGCAUGCCCAUGGACGAAAAGGAGCUCGAUCGCAACGAUCUCCAGCACCACAAGUACACCCUCUUGCUGCGCGACCGCCUCUUUGUCGCGCCCGUGCCAGAAUCGACGUUUGAAGACGCAAACUGUCGCGUCCUCGACCUGGGAACUGGCACCGGCAUCUGGGCCAUAGACAUGGCGGACAAGUACCCCAACGCAGAGAUCCUUGGUGUAGAUAUUGCAGCCACACAGCCGUCCUUUGUUCCGCCAAACUGCCUCUUUGAAAUCGACGACGUCGAAGAAGACUGGCCCUAUCGCCCUGCCCAUUUCGACUUUAUCCACGGCCGCGACCUCAUGACAGCUAUUCGUGACUGGCCCCGUGUGAUUGCGCAGGCAUAUGCGCACCUCAAACCAGGCGGCUGGAUACAGCUGGCCAGCACCAUACCUGGACCGCUCACCGACGACAACACGAUACCCGAGAACAGCGGCUACGUGGAAACGGCCCGAGUGUACUUUGAAAUUGCGGAGAAGAUGGGGGCGCCGCUCGCAGCGCCACGCGACUGGAAUGCGCAGAUGAAAGAAGCCGGCUUCAUCAAUGUCCAAGACGAAGUAUACAAAUUGCCCAUGGGCCCCUGGCCUCGAUCAAAGCGGUUGCGAACCGUCGGUAAGCUGGAGCAGAUUAUGAUUCUUGAAGGCGGGUUUGAGGCGUACAUGCUGCGCGGAUAUACACAGGUGUUGGGUGGCAAGGUAGAGGAUUUGCAGAUUAUUCUUGCCCUGGCGAAAAGAGAGGUGAGAGAUCCGUCGAUUCACACCUAUGUGCAAUUUCAUAUUACGUAUGGGCAGAAGCCCCUGUAG